AUGCUUUGCCGCAGUUACCAAGAGCAAGUUUCAAAGUGGCCCUUUAACCCUUUGACACGUGUGAUUGCCUGGUUAGAAGAGCAACGUGAUGACAAAGUCAUUGGCGACUUCGGUUGUGGAGAAGCUAUGAUAGCGCAGAGAUUUCAUGACAGAACGGUUCAUUCAUUCGACCUCAUUGCUGGAAAUCCACUCAUCACGGCGUGCAACAUGACCAAGGUACCAUUGAAUGACAAUACACUCGACAUUUGUGUUUUCUGUUUAAGUCUAAUGGGUCAAGAUUGGCCGCUAUUUGUUGUGGAAGCCACGCGCUGCCUUAAGGAAGGAGGCGUGAUAAAAAUCGUGGAAGUGCGUAGUCGCCUUACGAGCAUCGAAGAGUUCGAAAAAUUUCUGGAGUCGCUGGGAUACAAGAAAGAUAACGCUGUAUCAACCGAUGUAAGAUUUUUGUUUGUCAAAUUAUGA